AUGAAAGGGAUGCUCGAGCAUGCUGUGGGUGCUGAGGGCAAGAGAUACGUCCUCGCAGCUACCCUUGAAUGUGGAUCAAAGGCUGACGAGGAAGGAGAGGGCGACGAGGAAUGGCUCAAGAUCCUGGUGACGCAUUUAAGGGCCGUGGCACAGACUUGGGUCUUCUACCUGCUCUUUAUUUUCAAAGUGGGCCUGGCAGCCACAAAACCCAGAAAUUCUUCGAGUCAUCAGGGGCCGCAACACCAACCCUCGAGGACACUGCUACAAGGCUUGAUCAAGGGGCUGGCCAGUCAAGGACAAUGCCCGUGGAAGAUAUGCGUCAUAACGGGUUUCCUGCACCUGAAACACUUAUACGGGCGGACGGGCAAGGCUGCCACUCAAUUCCAGGUUGCGCACAUCCUCCGUCGAGCUGCUGCCUCGUUCCCGAGGGAAAAUACAGGUAACGCAGCCCUGACGUUCGACGUCCUUCGCAAUUUCACUGGCCUGCCAGUCGAUGUAAUCGAGAAUCUGGAAGAUCAUGCAGACCAUGUUGCGAACGGCCUGACCUUGCUCAGCAUGGCUCAUGGCGAGUGGGACGAUUACAAUUUCUGUCUGAAAGCCACUGAGGUCGAUCACGUCUACAAGAUCCACUACUUCAACCCCCUGAUUGAAGAUAUGCUCGAAGAUAUGCGUGGUUUGGCCGGGAUUCCACGUGGCGAACUAGUCCGCUUCUCUGACCACAGCGACGAUUUUCAGCCUCAGAAACGCCAGAAACCUAACGAGGAAGACCAAGCUCCCUCAACUUCCGCCUCGAGUUCGCGAUCCUCGCUCAGGUUCGAGCUACCCAGCAAGACGUUCAUCGCUAUCCAUGCGGCUGUCGGCGGCGUGCUGCAUAUGAGCGGAGCUGGCAAGUUUUUCGACGAACUUCUGGAUAAGUAUGAUAAAGAUGACGAGAAGAACCGCCCUGUGCGUUCCUGGGACGACUUCGAGGACAAGAUUCGGAGCUUCCACCUCAACGAGUGGUUACGACAAGGACUGCGCAUCGGAGGCGCCACUCCGGCAUGA